AACAAUAUGGCCGAAAAAGUCAAUAAAGAAAGAUAACGGAUUGAAAUUAUUGCUUAAUUGUUGAAAUAAGCGCCACAUUAAUGUUGUAAAUUAUUUUGUUCGUUUACUUUUUGAUAAUGGAGCAACAACAAAGGACUUUGAUAAUAUUCACAUUCUUUCUGGCUCUGAUAGGCAUCACUUUAAUUGUCGUAUCUUUGGCCACAGACAACUGGGUGGAGUCUAACCCGCAAACGCUUAAAAAUAAAACCUCUGGAAGCGGUUCCCAAAAAAGUGACGUCAAUUUCGGAUUAUUUAAAGGAUAUAGGAAUCUUAAUUAUGGAUUUGGACAACGGAAAUCUGGAUUAACAGUUCAUUGUGAAGCAUCUGAAGGUGUUUGUGUGGUUUAUCCAGAUACAGGAUCAAUUUCAGCAUCAGAGUAUAUACACAAUGCCCUAUACAAUGUUGUUAAAAACAAUACUAAAAACAACACAGGAACAGAUGAUGUGCCAUUGUAUAUGAAGGGUUUGUUUAACUAUGGUUAUUGGGUGAGCUCUAUCAUCAGUGCUGCACUGAGUGUCGUAUUUGGGCUUAUAUCUAUGGGCUUCGCUAUCUUCAAUAUUUGUGGGAAACCAAUAGAGACAAUCACUGGACCUAUGGGCUUGUACAUUUGGAAUGGCAUUGCAUUUCUGUUUGCUCUUCUUGACAUGGUCAUGUUCCUCAUUCUAUUUUUAACGUCACUGAAGAAGAACUACCUGCUAGAAGAUGAUAGCGAUAAAUUUGAAUUAACUGACUACACAAACUUUGGUUACUCUUUUUAUCUUGUGCCAGGAGCUGUCGCCAUGUACCUUAUAAAUAUUAUACUUCUUGUAUGUUCCGGAUACAAGCUGAAAUGUUCAUUCUCAAGCGAGGCAGAAAAGGUUGUAGAUAACGGAAUGAUUCUGUAUUAAUUUUUGAACUGAGGAAAGCAUUUUUUUGUAUAAACUUGUGAAAUUCUUUUUUUAAGGUUGUUGAUGAGUUUUUAUAUAUAUUUGUUUUGUUGUUGCUAGAUAUUUAUUUUGUUGUUAUCUUCAUCAUCUUCAGACAUCUUAGAAAAAGUUUUAGUCCUGUAAGGUACAAGCUAAUGUCUACAAAAGGACUAGAAAGUUACACAAUAUUCAACAGUAAUAUAAGUAUGGAAAUAUUUCUUAUAAAGAUAAAAUCAUUAUUACACAGUCAUGUACUGACAUACAUUAGAUUGUAAAGUAUAUUACUGUAUUAAGAUUCAAUGUAUGAUGAAUGAGAGGAAAACUGCAGCUGUUACAUAUACAUGAUGAUAAUUGGCACUGCAGAUAUCACAUUGUAUUUUAAAACAACCCAACUAUUACAUGUGCAUUAACUGCUGAAUGUUAUGUUUUAUGAUAAGAGACUUUAUUCUUCAGAUUUGACAUCUGUCUAGGGCAGUGACUUGUUACAGAAAUUUGUCUUUCAAUGAUAUGGUACAUUGUAUUCUAAGUUUGUUUUACCUGUCAGUUAUUUUAGUUACUAAUAAAAAAAAGGUUGUCUUAGGACCUGCUAU